AAGAAAGUAGGAGAACCCAAUCAGGCCACGUGCGACAUGCACCCGCUGCCAUGUCAAGUGCGGCUGGCUCCGGACUCCGGAGAGGCGCAAGCAUGAGAAAGAAAACGACUCCAUCGCGAACGAGAAGGCACAGGAAUCCUAGUCUUCGGCGAUACCAGUCGAUCCGCUUCACCGUCUUGCCCCUCGCUAGAGAACUUCUCUGCACGUUCAUCGCCACCGCUUCCGCCAUCGCCACCACGACCACCACCACCAACGCGUUCGUCAUACAUAUCGCCGUCUUGAUCGCUCUACGUCGCCAUCCGGGUAUAUCUCGCAAAUCGGAGGGGAGGAGAUGCCGAGGUCCAGUCCACCAAAGCACCGCCAUGACGGUACCUCACCGCUCCCCCUCGGUAUGGACUGGAGCCCGCCCCCUAGGAAAUGGGAGGGAAGAAACACUAUUUGGCCGCAUGAUUCCAGAACAGGUUGGAGUUACUGCGUCAUGAUUCCCUCAUGGAUGGUUGAAACUGCAUAUGGAGCAUCAAGUGAUACCUUAUUGAAUCCUAUAAUUUUUUACAGGAUUCUAGUUGGUAUACAAUCUCCAGAAGGGGCUAGCAGCAGCUAUGACAUCCUUCAUAGGUUCAGUGACUUCUUGAAGUUGUUUUCGGCUCUCAAAAGGGCGUUUCCCAAAAAGGACAUACCCCAAGCUCCACCAAAGCAUGCUUUGCUGCGAAUUAAUUCGAGUCGGCUGCUCUUAGAAGAGAGAAGGCGAGCUUUAGAGGAAUGGAUAGGAAAGCUACUCUCUGACAUUGAUUUGUCAAGAAGUGCUCCUAUUGCUACUUUUCUUGAGCUAGAAGCUGCUGCAAGGUCAUCUUUUGAGUAUGCCAAUGAGCUCACUUUAGAAGCAAGCACCUUAGAAGAUGCUCCGUCUAAUCUUUCGAGGAGAUCCAGUUCAAGUGCUUCUGCCGAGUGUUCAGCAAUAGCUUUAAUGCCUCAAUCGAUAGCCUCAAAUGUUUCUAAUGACAAUACAUUCAAUAAAUUUGAUGCUGGAGAAAUCAGUAAUGGUAUCAUGGUGGUGCCUGCUAUGCCUGAUAAACCGGGGGACUUCUUUAACGCUAAUUUACCUCAAAGAAAAUUCAGCAAUUGUUCAGGAGGUGAUUCAUCAUAUAGAAAUUCUUCCAAGCAGAUGUUCCUUCAGAAAGACAUUGUUGAUUCCAAUGCAAACCAGGAUCACGACAAGAUUUCUUGUCAUUCUAGGAGGCUUUCCAGUGAUAGUAUUGGCAGUGAUGCAAGUUCUAUUUGGGCUAACGACCUAUCAAUGCCUGGAGUUACUAGCUUAGUUUGGGAUGGUUCUAUUGUUCUUUCUGAUGGCGUUGUUAUCCCAAGCACCAUGGAAGCUCCGAGUAAUGCAGAAACACAGUUGGCAAAUGAUGUGCAGAUUCUUCUUCCUGUUGAUCAGCAGCACAAAUUGAAUCGAGUUCUCCUUACCAUGCAACGAAGAUUAUCAACAGCCAGAACAGAUAUGGAUGAUAUUAUAGCACGAUUAAACCAAGAAAUGACAGUAAAAGAGUAUCUUACAACGAAGGUGAAGGAUUUAGAAGUGGAGCUUGAAGACACUAAACAGAGAAAUAAAGAAAAUCUUCAGCAAGCCAUCUUACUUGAAAGAGAAAGGUUCACUCAAACUCAAUGGGAUAUGGAUGAACUUCAAAGGAAGUACCUGGAGUUGGAAUCAAAAUUCAAGAGCAAACAUACUUGUUUAGAGCCGGAAAACACAACUGCAAGCUGCGAGAAAGACAUUUUAAACCAAGAGCUGUCUACGAAACAAGAACAUAUUGCUAUUCUAGAAAGGCAUAUAGAGCAGCUUGAGAUGAAAUCAAAAGCCGAUGUUAAAGUUCUCGUGAAAGAAGUUAAGUUUCUUAGAAAGUCUCAAGAAGAGCUGAAGGAAAUGCUAAACCAAUCUACUAAAGAAAAGGGCGACUUGGAGAGAGUUCUUCAAAAUAAGGAACAAAGGUGGAAACGUGCAAAAUCUACAGGGAAGAAGUUGCUUCGUGAAUGUGAAAUUCUUUGGCAUCAACUUCAAGAAUGCAGCAUUAAUUUUCUUUCUACAGAGGAGGAUCAUUUUAAUAUCAACCCAGCAUCAUUGUCUGAUGCUUUAGAACUCCUGGCAACUUCUGAUAACCGUAUAGGCCUCCUCAUUGCGGAGGCACAAUUACUUGCUCAAGAAGAUGACGAUGCCAACUUUGACCUGACAGAAAUGAAGACACUCGGAUCUUCUGAAGAUGUAAUUUCCAUCAGUGAUGAUGAUCCAGCUACAGGAGAUGAAGGGAUUAGGAGGAUGGUUAUAAGCUCGCUACUAGAAAAUGCAAAGCUAAGGAAGCAGUUGAAUUCUGUAUUCCGAUGCGCUCUCAAAAGCCAACAUGGAACUAGAAAAGGAUGAUGGGGAUGACGUUCCAUCCCAAAAAAGUAUCCUGAACAGGUUACUGCGGAGGUAAUAGUAUCGUGACCAAAUCAUUGGAUGGUGCAGAGAGUUUAUUAAUGGUUAGCCCUUUUUUAUCACAAUUUGUAAAUCAAUUGCAAACCUGUACGUUUAAACUCCUAAAUUUUUGAUGGGUAAUGGACGAUGUAAAUUCCUAGUUCUUUACGUCACCAUACUUAUUUCUACUGGCCUACAUUGUGUAAACAGGUCAUGAAUCAAUAAGCACGAGUCAAACUACAAGGGUCUUGGAAUUGCUGGUUUCUGCCAAAGUUUCUCUUGUAUAUGAGCAGAGACAGGCAUCGAUUGCUACGCAUCUUUAAAAAAUUUUUACAGCAGAAUUUA